AUGGCUCACAUCUACGACCUCGGCACCCGGGCAUGGCAGCCCGAUACCACCGAGGGCUGGGUCGCCUCCGAGGUGACGGACAAGCAGAUCGCGGGAGACAAAGUGAAGCUGGUGUUCACGCUGGAGAAUGGCGAGACCAAAUCCGUCGAGACGACGAUUCUGGCCAUCCAGACCGGCAAUGACCCCAAUCUCCCUCCGCUGAUGAACCCGGCCAUGCUCGAGGCCAGCGAUGACCUUACGAACCUGUCACAUCUGAAUGAGCCGGCUGUGCUCCAGGCCAUCAAGCUGCGUUACCUGCAGAAGGAGAUCUACACAUACUCGGGUAUCGUCCUGAUCGCGACAAAUCCCUUUGCGCGAGUCGACUCCCUAUACGUACCCGGCAUGGUACAGGUCUACGCUGGCAAGCAGAGAUCCUAUGGCGCUCCGCAUUUGUUUGCCAUUGCUGAAGAAGCCUUCGCCGACAUGUUGCGAGACCAGAAGAACCAGACCAUUGUCGUCUCUGGAGAGUCCGGAGCCGGAAAGACGGUCAGCGCCAAAUACAUCAUGCGAUACUUUGCCACACGAGAGUCCCCGGACAACCCAGGCAAGCGGAGAGGCAAGUCCGACUCGAUGAGCGAGACCGAAGAACAGAUUCUGGCUACCAACCCCAUUAUGGAAGCCUUCGGUAACGCCAAAACCACUCGUAACGACAACUCCUCGCGUUUCGGUAAAUACAUCGAGAUCAUGUUCAACAAGCAGACGGAUAUUAUUGGUGCGAAGAUCAGGACAUAUCUGCUGGAACGGUCGAGACUGGUGUUUCAGCCGCUUAAGGAGCGGAAUUACCACGUCUUCUACCAGCUGGUAGCCGGUGCGUCGGAUGAGGAGCGCGAAGAGCUCUCCCUGAAGUCGGUCGAGGAGUUCAGCUACCUCAACCAAGGCAGUGCGCCUGUGAUUGAGGGUAUGGACGACGUGGCUGAGUUCAAGGCCACAAGACAAUCCUUGACCAAGAUCGGUGUGCCGCCAGAAACCCAAGCCGGCAUCUGGCGUCUGCUCGCGGCGCUGUUGCACAUGGGAGACAUCAAGAUCACAGCAACUCGAACAGACUCAAAUCUUGACCCAGCCGAGCCUUCUCUCGUCAAGGCUUGUUCGCUGCUAGGAAUUGACGCCAACACUUUCGCCAAGUGGAUUGUAAAGAAGCAACUCAUUACCAGAGGAGAGAAGAUUGUCUCCAACUUGACGCAGCAGCAGGCUAUCGUGGUCCGAGACUCCGUUGCCAAGUUCAUCUAUUCGAGCUUGUUCGACUGGCUGGUCGAGCGCACAAACGAGAGUCUGGCCACCGAAGAGGUUAUUGCGCAAGCCCACACCUUCAUUGGUGUCCUCGAUAUCUACGGUUUCGAGCACUUCGCAAAGAACUCUUUCGAGCAGUUCUGUAUCAACUACGCUAAUGAAAAAUUGCAACAAGAGUUCAACGCGCACGUCUUCAAGCUGGAGCAGGAGGAGUACAUGCGCGAACAAAUCGACUGGACUUUCAUCGACUUUGCCGACAACCAGCCUUGUAUCGAUCUUAUUGAAGGCAAGCUAGGUAUCUUGUCUCUACUAGACGAAGAGUCGCGCUUGCCCAUGGGUUCGGAUGAGCAAUUCGUUACUAAGCUACACCACAACUACUCCGGAGACAAGCACAAAUUCUACAAGAAGCCCCGGUUCGGCAAGUCGUCCUUCACCGUCUGCCAUUACGCCAUCGAUGUCACGUACGAAUCUGAUGGCUUCAUCGAGAAGAACAGAGAUACUGUGCCGGACGAGCACAUGGAGGUCCUCAAGGCUGCAAGCAAUAAGUUCUUGACCCAAGUCUUGGACGUUGCUGCGUCGAUCCGAGAGAAGGAGAAUGCUACCAGCGCUUCGUCCAAGCCAGGUACUGCCAUGUCGGCUGGCCGAAGGAUGGCGACCAACCGCAAGCCAACACUCGGUGGUAUUUUCAAAUCGUCUCUCAUCGAACUCAUGCAGACCAUCAACUCAACCGACGUCCACUAUAUCCGAUGUAUCAAGCCCAACGAGGCCAAGGCUGCUUGGCAAUUCGAUGGACCCAUGGUUCUCAGCCAAUUGCGCGCUUGUGGUGUUCUCGAGACUGUCAGGAUCAGUUGCGCCGGUUACCCCACACGGUGGACUUAUGAGGAAUUCGCUCUGCGUUACUACAUGUUGGUCAGAUCCGCUGACUGGACGCCCGAAAUCCGAAACAUGGCCACGGCAAUCUUGAAGAAGGCACUAGGUGCCGGCAAGAACGAUGGCACCGACAAGUACCAGAUGGGUUUGACAAAGAUCUUCUUCCGCGCUGGUAUGCUUGCGUUCCUCGAGAACUUGCGUACAGCCAGACUCAACGAUGCCGCCGUCAUGAUCCAGAAGAACCUCCGAGCCAAAUACUACCGCCGUAUCUACCUCGAGAUGCGCGAGGCUGUCAUCCACGUGCAAUCAUUGGCUAGGGGCUACAUGACCAGGGAACGAGCCGAGGAGGCCAGGCAGGUCAAGGCUGCAACCACCAUUCAGAGAGUCUGGCGUGGUAGCAAGGACCGCAAGCGCUUCCUUGUUGUCCGAAACUCGCUUAUCAAGUUUGAGGCUGCCGCAAAGGGAUUCUUGCUCCGUAAGAACAUCCUGGACAAGAGGCUUGGAGAUGCUGCUCGCAUGAUCCAACGCAACUGGCGCAAACAAAGGUAUAUCCGCGCCUAUAAGAAGGAGAUCAACGACAUCAUCACUGUCCAGAAGCUCUGGAGGGGAAGGAAAGCUCGCAGGGAAUACAAGGUCCUUCGCGCCGAAUCUCGCGAUCUCAAGAACAUCUCUUACAAGCUAGAGAACAAGGUCGUGGAGCUUACCCAGAACUUGGGUACGAUGAGGGAGCAGAACAAGUCACUCAAGUCUCAAGUAGAGAACUACGAGAGCCAGAUCAAAUCGUACAAGGAGCGCAGCCGUACACUCGAGAACCGCCAGAAGGAGCUACAAGCCGAAGCCAACCAGGCUGGUAUCACCGCUGCCAAGCUCAGCCAGAUGGAAGACGAGUACAAGAAGCUGCAGACAAGCUACGAAGAGAGCACCGCAAAGAUGCGCCAUCUUCAAGAAGAGGAGAAGGAACUCCGUGCGUCGCUUAAGAGGACCACAGACGACCUGGAGCAGUCCAAGAGGAGGAGCAAUGUCACUGAGACCGAAAAGAUGUCGCUCCGCCAGCAACUCGCCGAGCUGCAAGAGCAGGUUGAACUGAUGAAGCGAUCUGGCCCAAUGCCUGGUGAGCUGACAAACGGUCACUCCACGGCCAUAGCCCCCAGCAGCUUGAUCAAGCUUGUCUCGUCGAAGAAGCCAAAAAGGCGCAGUGCUGGACCAGACACCCGCGACAUCAACCGAUUCAGCGAACAAUACAACCCGCGACCUGUCUCCAUGGCUCCUGGUUCCACCAUUCACAGGCAAAACCUCUCCGGCUCAACGUUUGCUCAGCUCGAUAACGUCGAGCUUGAGCUUGAGAACAUCCUUGCUGAGGAAGACAUGCUGAACGAUGAGGUCACUCUUGGCCUGAUCAAGAACCUGAAGAUCCCAUCGCCCACUACAACACCCCCACCUACCGAUAAGGAGGUUCUCUUCCCGGCUUACCUCAUCAACCUUGUCACCUCCGAAAUGUGGAACAACGGUUUCGUCAAGGAAUCAGAGCGCUUCCUCGCGAACGUUAUGCAGUCGAUCCAACAAGAGGUCAUGCAGCACGAUGCUGAAGACGCGAUCAACCCAGGUGCCUUCUGGUUGUCGAACGUUCACGAGAUGCUCUCGUUCGUCUUCCUGGCUGAAGACUGGUACGAGCAACAGAAGACCGACAACUACGAGUACGACAGACUGCUGGAGAUUGUGAAGCAUGAUCUUGAGAGUCUCGAGUUCAACAUCUACCACACCUGGAUGAAGGUGCUCAAGAAGAAGCUGCACAAGAUGAUCAUUCCUGCUAUCAUCGAAUCGCAAUCACUGCCCGGCUUCGUUACCAACGAGAGCAACCGUUUCCUUGGAAAGCUCCUCCAGGGCAGCAACACCCCUGCCUACAGCAUGGACAACCUACUCACCCUACUCAACAGCGUCUACAAGGCCAUGAAGGCUUACUACUUGGAAGACUCCAUCAUCACACAGUGUGUCACCGAGUUGCUGAGGUUGGUGGGCGUCACUGCCUUCAACGACUUGCUCAUGCGCCGCAACUUCCUUUCAUGGAAGCGAGGUCUGCAGAUCAACUACAACAUCACCCGUAUCGAAGAGUGGUGCAAGUCGCAUGACAUGCCAGAGGGCACACUGCAACUUGAGCAUCUGAUGCAAGCAACCAAGUUGCUCCAGCUGAAGAAGGCUACUUUGAACGACAUUGAGAUUAUUCAGGACAUCUGCUGGAUGCUGAGUCCGAACCAGAUCCAAAAGCUGCUGAACCAGUACCUGGUAGCCGACUACGAGCAGCCCAUCAACGGCGAGAUCAUGAAGGCCGUCGCGUCGCGUGUGACGGAGAAGAGCGACGUUCUUCUCCUCACCGCAGUCGACAUGGAGGACAGUGGCCCAUACGAAAUCGCGGAGCCAAGAGUGAUAACAGCACUCGAGACAUACACGCCUUCCUGGCUGCAAACCCCCCGCCUCAAGCGCCUCGCAGAGAUCGUCUCGCAACAAGCCAUUGCGCAGCAAGAGAAGCUCGAGUUCGACGACGACAUGCCCAACGGCCAGAGCAACGGCGACGCCAUGCAGGCUCUCACCGGCGGCAUGGGCAUGAACGGCAACGGAAUGAACGGCCACGGUACGAUUGAAGAGGGAAUUGAAGCAUGA